UACUUGCUUCUGGAAACUUGCCGGUAGACAGAUACCAGAGACCAUAAGUUUUGUGCUUGUACUUCGCUACCAUAGUUGUUUGUUCUAGUUAUCAGUUGAGCGACAACUUCAAUUUCCACCGUCUAAAGUACGAACUCAUAUACAAAGCAGAUACAGGCUCCUGGUGUUGAAUUAUCGGUAUAGAUUCUACUGAUAUUGAAUCUGCAUCCUUAUAUUGACAUUGCUUUCAUCUUUCAUACUAUAUUGCCAUGACUAAACCAAGACACUUGACAGACAGCGAACGAGCCAAAGUGCUCGAGUUCCAGGACAUGAUCCAUUACAGUCCCAGAUACAGCGACGACACCCAUGAAUACAGACACGUGAUGUUGCCUAAGAACAUGUUGAAGGUUAUCCCCCAAGACUACUUUAACCCUGAGACGGGGACGUUGAGGAUACUAUUGGAAGAAGAAUGGAGAGGCUUGGGCAUUACCCAGUCGUUGGGUUGGUCCCAUUAUGAGACACAUGCGCCAGAGCCACACAUUUUGUUGUUCAAGAGACCCAUUAACUACGGCCAGUAGUUAGUCCGAGAAGACAGCAAAUUCUUGAAUGCUGAACGUCAAUUGAGAUAAUCACUCUUCACCUAAUUUUGAACUUGUCAUCAAAUGAAAUUUACAGGGACCUUGAUUCAAUCGGGUACCAUUAUCUUCAUUUCUGAUAGUAGUGCCUUCUCAGAGCCAACCUUCCAGGGAAUCUUUGCUAAGUAAAGCUCCCGCCCAUUGUCAUUGGAAGCUAUGCUUCCUGCCCCAGCUGUUGCUCCGGCGAUAUCUGGUAUAUGCAUAUAUAUUCCAUUCUCUUGCUUGAUUAAAGAUAAGUUUAGUCAAUAAGGAUACAUUG